CUUACGAUUUGCAGAACUCUGGUUUGCAGUGCACACAACCACGCUGGAUUCUUUCAGAGACCGGCGCACCCGACGUUUCGUAGUCUGCUUCCGCGGCUGCAGCCAGUUCGGGGUUCGCUGACAUCAAUGGAAGUGGCGGCCGCCAUCUUGGACAAGGUGGAGGCCCGCAGCCACGUGUUCGUGCUGCCGCUGACGUACCUCAAGGGAUUGCUCAACGCGCGCUACACCGACAGCGAGGGGCGCUGUCGCUUCCACGUGGUUCGUCAUCCGCUCUCGCUGACCACGGUCGGCAUGUUUCACCGCAAGGACCUUGCGCCGGAGACGAGAGAAGCCAUCGAGAAAAGAGCCCGGUACAUGAUCGACAGCCACCUCUUCGAACGCAUGAUCGACACCCGAGUCAUCAACUACACUCGAUGCUUGCAAGAGGAAGAAGACCGCGUCGACGCACUCAGCAUCGGAGAUGUGCACGGAGUCUUCUACCUCUACUUGGCCGGUGUCUGCGCCUCCCUCGUCGGCUUCGGCCUCGAGUUGGCUGCGUACGCUCUGUCACCUCGCGAGAGCAAGGGGCGCAAAGAAACGAAUUUGUUGGUGGCGCGAGUGCGCCGCAUUAAAUAGAACUUUCAACAGGAGAACCACAGCAGCGUAGUGGGCAAGCAUUCAAAACCGCUUUAGCCUCUUGUAGCCGAUUUUUUGGCGGAGGAAAUAUACACGAGUUACAACGCGAACUACUUGUAUGCGCUGUUAGAACGCACAAAAUUAGCUUCACGCCCAAUGUAUGGCGAGAACGCUGUUGGUACGAGGACUGACGAAGGUAUGAACAGCACAUGCACUGAACACAUAACUUAUCGUUACUGGGAAAAAAUGUGAACAAAUAUACAAAGAAGUGGUUGAAUGAAAGGAAUGAGUCAUGAUCCUGAUUGCGCAACAAACAUAAACGUUGGACUCGUCGAACACCGCACGUGCUAGCGAAAUAGUGAAAUUAUUUGUCGCUGAGAUUGUUAGACGCUUGAUUAAGACACAUGUCGCCUUUCCUUCCCAUAUGGAAGCGUUCCAUCACCUCACGGGUCAGUUGCUGGCCAAGACGGAAUAAAAUAGUGUCACAAGGAACAGGGAGUGUUCACCCUCAUUGGAAGCACAGAUCAUUGUUUUAUAAGUCAGAAAUUACAGCAGGUAACCACGUUAUCGCAUGUUUUAUU